AUGGAUCCCUCCACCCAGCAGAAUUCGCAAGUUUCGUAUAGAAGCAACUUGACAGACAUGGCUACAGGGUCAAUCAGCAGUCUUCUUCAGGAUAAUGAUAUAAUUAAGGAGAACCAAACAAUUGAGCAGUCCUUUAUAAGAAGGAGUGAUUAUAUACAGCCAAAAUCCAUUGCCGAUGGAGAGUUGAUCCAUCAUGUGACAAAAGCUUUCACAGAAGUAUGCAGAAAGAUAGAUAAUUUGCACUACAUAAUAGAAAGGCAUGGUGAAGAACCGAGUAUGAUAGAAAGGAAGCCUGGUCUGGAUAGUAUUAUAAUACAGGAGGAAAAAGAAGAAGUUGGCUGGUUGAAGAAGCUUAAGCAAAUAAUAUAUGGAAAGGACGAGCCAGAAUAUACACCAGAAGAAGAUAAUGAGUAUAAUUUAUCAAAGAAUAUUUCUGCAGUGAAUGCCAUGCGAGAGGAAAGAGUGCCUGCUGAGAAUACGCUUAUUAAUGCACUGAAUUCUGUGGAAAAGGCAGAAAUGCAUGCAGCUCUAAGCAGGCAGGCACUUAAAGAAGAGGUGAGCAUCCAGAAAACACAGAAUGAAAAAAUGAGCAGUGCAGCAGAGAUAGCGUAUCAAAGGACCCGGGCAGAAUCAGCAGAGAGUGCACUGAAAGAGGCAAAGGAACAACUUGCAAGUUAUCGUGCACGGUUGAAGAUUCGAAAAAAGGAAAUAUCUGAAAUUAAGUCUUCCUUCACUGCGUGUGCAGGGGUUGAAGCCUCACUUGCAAGACUUGCCACUUGUGCAUCUAUCCAGAUAACUCGAAUUCUUCUUCUUUUAGACAUGCCAGAUGCGAUUGAGCAACUGCACAAGGAAAUAUCUGCAGGGGAGACUGUGAAACUAACCAGUUCAUUACAGGCGAUAGAAGGAUUCUUCAGAGAGAGAAUACAGAAAGAGAAGGAGACUCAUGAGAAAACACAAAAGGACAAGCAGCACAUCAGUAACCAGUUAAAUGCACUUACUAAAGAGCUAGAGCACCUUAAAGAAGAGAACCAUGAAAUAAUCAAAGAGUCAGAAAAGAUCCGGGAAGAGAAAGAUGCAAUAAUUAACAAACAAAGACUAGCAAUAAAACUAUUAAAAAGCAGAUUCCCCCAGACUUCCACACACUCCAAUGCGCACAAUGAAAGUAUUUUAGCAAAGAGCACGCAUUUAACCAGAGCGGACCAGAGCCAGAAGACUAAAAUAAAGUCCAAGAUUGAAGAGGAGCUAAAGGAGAGAAUAUCCGAUUUAAAGAAGAAAAUAUCCAAAAUAGAAACUCCAAAUGAUCCACUUUAUCAGAGGUACCUGAAUGAUUUAGAAGACAGUAAAAGACGACUUGAUGAUUUUAUGCAGAUAUAACCCGUACCUGAACACUGAAAUAAAAUAUACAAUAACUGCCACAGAAUGAAAUAUUUUGAGCUCCCAUUUAUUGCUUAAUAAAAUACGCGAGUGUACGCGUACACUCACAAAGGAACCAAACUAAAUUUAGCUGUUGUACAAAGCCAUCAUAACUUCUUUCUUAACAAAUCCGCACUUCUCAUAGAAUUUCUGAUUCUCUUCACUGCAUGCAAGUAUCACUUUAUAACAGUUACUGGUUUUAGCUUUCUCAGAAAGGAAUGUUAUCAGUUUACGGCCGAGUCCCAUCCCCUGGCACUCAUUGGAAAUAACUAUGUCUUCUAUAUGUCCUACACUCCCCAGUGAUCGUAUGAACUUCUUCUCUAUAAGCAGAGUACCGGACCCUACUAAUUUUCCCUCAGGAGAGCAGACAACAAACACAUUGUAUGUCCCUUCAUGUGCCUGCAUGUGUUCAUACAUCUUAUCAACCUGCU